AUCGUUAUAUAGUACCCGUCGUAGGAAUUCCGAGACUUGUUUAUAACAGCGUGAGACCUUGACCUUGUUUGUAUUCGCGCAGUAAGUCUCGAGCGAGGAAUAGACAGCGACACAAACCAUUCUGUGUGUUAAUAAUCACACUGAUCUUUUAGACAUUGUCUUUGAAAUGCGAUAAUUACAAUUAACGAUUAUCAGCUCACGCAAAUGAUUAACUCUCGUGAUAAACGAACAUCGUGUAAUAAUAUCGUGGGAUUAUACACAGCAAAAAUAGCAUUAUUGUAGAAAGUGAUGUGUGAUUUUCGUGCGAAUUUUUGCAUUGUUCUCUCAUCGAUAUAAUAAACUGCGCGUCGCGUGGGAUUAAAGUCUGAAUACCAUAUAAAGUGUCGUACAAUUUAUUCGUAUUUUGCUGAUUGUAAUUAACUACGUUUUCGCGAGUGAGUGCAAUUUGUGAAAGAACAGCAAGAAAUAACCAAGAGAGGAGGAAGAGAGGUCCGGGAAAACAUCGAGCGAAGCAAUCGUUGGAUCAGCAUUGUGUACUGUAAUUCCGCUGCUGUGUAUGAAUCGUAUUGAACGAUCUAUCUACGGAGCAAGCAUGGAAUCCAUCACAACGAUUACGCGGCAUAGUUAAGAUCGGGCGGUUGAUGCCUGAUGGCGCGGGCUGGAACACAACGCUGGAGAAAUCCUGCUCCAGAAGGUGACGAUGUGCAACGAUCGAUCGAGCUGUUGGACAAGGUACUCUCAGAGUACGACGAGCACGUUGAGGUGGAGGGCGAAGGUGGCGGAGACAGCGGCGGGGGAGGCGGAAGUGGCGGUGGAGGAGGCGGCGGGAACGGAAGCGCCGGGGGAGGCGUCGGGGAUUGCGGCAGCAGCACGGAACCGAGUAUUGGCCUCACGCCCGACGACGAGAGUCCGUCUUUAGGACACCAAUCCGAGGACGACGGUUACAUGAGCAUGAAUGGUCGAAAGGCGAAGAUGGCAUUGGUAGCAUUACGCCCGGUCCCGGACUGCCCGGAGCCGCAGGAUUUCGCGGGCGUCUCCUCGACGCAGGAAUUUCCGCCGCCCCCGGAAGAGGCCGAACGUAUCAUCUCGACUCUUCUGCCGAUGGUUUCCCCGGGAAACUCCAAGAGAAACGUCGUGGGCCCGGAGCGGCGGAAUAACGGCCGGCAACAGUGGAUGGUGGAGGAUAGUAUGCGGCAUGGAAACGCCGUUACCACGCAAACUACCCUCCCCAAGACACGUCAUCAGCGGCCCUAUGGUUGGGAGAACGGGACGGUGGAGUCGCUGCGACUGACCCAACUACCCAGUCCGCCCAGCAAAUUCGCCAGUUUGCCGUACGAUGGCAAGGUAUCCUUCAAUUGGAUUCCACCGCGAACGAAUCCGAGCGCGGUGGAGAAGCACCGGGAGGUGCGCCGCCGCUCCUCGGAGGAUUGCCUGGACGACGCCGCGGACAAUCGUCAGCAGCACGAGAGGGACAGUCCCGAGAGAGGAGAUCGCGCGACGUCCCAUCCGCUGAGGAAGUACUCGUCCCAGCAACGUCAGCAGAAUCACGAGAUCAUGAAGUCGAGCAGCGUGGAGGAUCGUCUGCUGAUGAACAGGGGCUCGGACGCGAAGGACGCGUCGUCGUCGGCGACGCAGCGUCGGAGUCGCAACGACUCGGACUCGAGCGAGGGCCGGUUUUCGAGAAACUCCGAGUCCGAGAGCCGGUCGUCGAUACCGCGCUCGAGCUCGGUCAGCGUCGAGCGUUUCUCGAUGCGCGCCAACUGCGACUCGUCCGACUUCUCGCGCGCCAACUCCACGUCCAACGAGCGCUUCCACUCGGACUUCUCGAUAGCGGUGGCGAGCGCGAGCUCCAACGAUCACGUGUCCGCGCCGACCUCCGACCCGUUCUCCAUAAGGAACCUCGACUUUGUCUCGUACUCGCGCGCGGACUCGUGCGAGCGCUUCUCGGCGCCGACGUCCGACCGCUGCUCCGAGGAGCGUUACUCCGACCUGUUCUCCACCCGUAAUUCGGACUUCUCCGCCCGCAAUUCGGCUGACUUUAGGACGCAGUCCGAGGAGGAGCGUUUCUCCGAUGACUCUCUGGAGGAACUGCUGCCGCCACCGCCGCCCAUCAGCAAGAGACACUCCAUUGCGUGGGAGGUAUCCUUGGAGGACGAUCCCCUGUACGCUCCCGGGAGUACCAAAGUUGUCGGCAGAAGACGACGAAAGAGCAGCGACGUCUCGAGCGUAGGUUCCGCGUCGAAGCUGCGCGACUUUGACGAUUGGCAGGAUCCGCGGCUAUCGACGACCGACGACGAUUUGAUUUCGCCGUAUUCGGAUUCGUCCACGAACGAUCUCGAUCAGAUACGACCGCAGGAACUCACGAAGAAUGGUACGUAUGUCAUAAGACGCGGCCGCAAAAAGGAACGCAAGGUUCUACCGAAAACACCGACCAAGACCAAGAGUCUGUCCUUCGAAAACGGUGAAGAUGGCCGACUGUCGGAUGUGAAACGAUACUCGAGCACCUUCGACAACAUCAAGAGUCUGCUGAAGGAGGGCAAGCUCGAGGGUCUGGACGAGCCGCCGCCGGAAUUUGCAGCUUCGGUGCCGCCGCCAGAUCUCAUCCGAGUCGUAUCGAUGCCGGCAAUCAACAACGAUCCCAACAGUCGAGCCCAACUGGAGAUUACCGUGGAAGAGGAGGAAACGUCCGACAUCUCCGAUAAGGACAAGGAGCGAGACAACAUCGAGCUACCGCGACUGCCGCCCUCGCCGCUCGAGGAAGAUCAAAUGGAUCGCUCGCGUCUGGACCGAUCGAGAGAUUGCAACAUCGUGCCGACAGCGCCUAACCUGGACAUCGGCAUGUCGUCAGCGAAUCCUGGCGAACCGCAGGUGAGGAAAAAACUCGGGGCCGCGGCGAGCGACGAGCGAUUAGCCUCCAAGAUUCCGGUCAAUUUAUUGAUCGAGGAUCAGAUCGUGAAGAAGGCGCUCAAGGAGAACCGUCGGCAACUAGAAAAGGUGAGCGACGCAAUCAAGGAGAUCGAGAACGUGAGGAACAGCGAGUCAUACAGCGAGAAUAAGCGUUGGCGAAAUGGCGAUCUGAGGCAGAACAGCUCGAAGCGCAAUAGCUUCGAGAACGAACCGCCGAUAUACGAGGGCCGGAAACCCGUUACGGUUGACGGCAGUCCCUUCGACGGUAGAUCCCGCGGCAAGCAACAGCAGCAGCAACAGCAAUACAGUUCCGACUCCGAAACGUCCAAAGCCAGCUCAGACGCGGACUUUGCCGAUCGGAGAAAAUUAAACGGCGUCGCCGACGUCGUCUAUUCGUCUGGUAGACGACUGCGUCAGAAUGGCAUCGAGAGCCACAAGAACGAUCAGAAGCAGAUCGAGAACGUGAUCGACGCCAUCCUGGAGGACUCGAAGAAUCCGGAGUUCCAGGUGAGCGUCGAAGUGAUGGAGUUCCCACCGUUACCACCCUCGCCCGUCGAAGAGGCCGACGAGGAGAGCUGUUCGGACGUCGGUCAAGGUGCCAUGAUGACACCACCCAAGUCCAAGAGUCACAAUCGGACUAUGGAGUACAGGCCGAGGGUGCCGCCUCAUCGUGUCCCGCCGGUCAUCGACCCGAAGGAACAAGCUUCCUUGAACACCAGGUCCAUGGACGCCGGCUACGCCAGAGGGAGACGCACACCGACCACCAGUAAUUCCAGGCGAGAGGUACCUGUGGAACGAAGAACUCUGCCCACUGAUUUACCGGGACCUUCCCGCCGACGACCGUUCACGAAGAGGCACUCGCCAUCGGCAGAGGCGUGCUCCUCCGGAGGUAGCAGCGGGGGCGGCGGCGGCGGCGGAGGAGGAGGAGGCAGCGGCAGCGUCGCCACCAGCACCGGUUCCGGGAUGCAGACGUCGUGCUCUUUACCGGAAACCCCAGUGUUUGCCAGAGGCAGCGACAUCCCUAGAACACCUCAACACGCUGGCAACCCGACGCAGUCGAGGCGACAACCCGGCUGGUACGCACCCACCACGGCUACCGGCUAUCGACGGAAUAAUCCCGGCCUGGAGCAAGCCAUAAUCGGCACCGAGCUACUCCGGUUGGCAGGAGGCCCGAAUCGCGGAUGGUAUCCCACGAGAAAGGCGAAUCAACCGCGGCCGGCGUCGAUCGAGCACCUUGAGCGACUCAAUAACGCCUACGAUGCGCGACUGCCCGGUACCGGGGACCAGAGGAAGCCGCUGACCCUGCCGACGAACAUCACACCCAACAAAUACUUCGGCCAAAGUAAGCACAGCUCCGCCUCCAGCACUCGCGAGGCGCUACGGAGGGUCACUAGCUUGCUCAUCAAGAAAGGAAGCGGCAGCAAAGACGGGAAGAGCAACAAAGACAACAACUCACCCUCUGGUCCUUAUGCCGGCACGGACAGCAAUGACGCGCCCAAGAAGAAGGGUUUCUUCAAGGGCUUUUGGAAGAGGUCGCGCCACUACUCCCUGGAGAACCAAUAGCCCAGGUGUGCGAGGGUGACGAGCCACCAUCAUCAGCGGAACAGGCAGCUGCGGCAGCAGCGGCAGCGGAGCAUUGCUACCACGACGACCCUCGCGAACAAUCCCUGCUGCUGCAUCGUCCAGUAACCCCGAUUUACACGUGUAUCGACCGCGACCCUCAUCCCUGCCCCUCUCCAACUGGAUGUUGUCCUCUCGCGUGCACGCUCUCGACACGAUGCCGCUCUAUUCGCGCAAGUCCGGUUAAUUACAUUGAUUUUUUCGCAUGAAUCGAUCCCUGAAUCGACCGAUUUACUAAGAUGAUAUGGACUGACCCUUUAUGAUUUGCUAUUUUCUUCAAGUUUAUUAAGCACCAAUUUGCGCAAAAGAUCGCUCUUCAAGAAUUAUAUCAUCUUUCCUUUAUACAUAAAUUAGACUGACAUAAUUUGAUUAUAUUUGCCCUCAACAGUAUUAAAACGAAAGACACUUUUCCCCGUCUAAUCCUGUCGGAGGACCAACCGACGUGAUUUUUCAGGUUCGCCGCAAAAGGGUGAGUCUUUGCGUGUCAUUCGGUUUCGCUUUCGUAAUUUCAUUUUUCCUUCUUUGUAUAUUUUACAAUAAAUUAAUCGAAAGUGCAGAGAGGAAAUUGUUGGGCAAUUUCCAAUAAUUUCAGAACUCUUCCGCACAAGGUACUAAACUUUGUUGAUAUUACAUUAUUAAUCGCGCGAUGUCGGCUCGCUUUCGCGAGAGAACGUGUCACGGUCUACAGAGCUGGAACGCGAGAGUCCCGGAUCGAAAUGCUUCUUCACGGUGUCUUCGUCACGCUGCCUGUCACGCCGCGUUGAGUUCUCUCGCCAUGUGUUAUCACAAGCCUAAAGUGAUUCGCGAAUCGCGUACAGACGUGAUUCUCGCUAAUCGACGAAAGUCGGGAGAUGGAAUACGUUCCUUUCUAAACGAGCACGAUGUGUACAGCAGCCACGCCUAAUUAAUUUGUUUUUCGACUAAAUUAUCUUCUUGCUAUCAUUAAUUUCUAUAAAAAAAGAAUCUUAAUUUUUUUCUAACGUAUGUAAUUUUUUCGUAAACAUCAUGUACACAGUUGAUGUGUCGUGGAAGAGAAUAUGAAUUGCUAAUCGUUACGUUGUUUAGCUAUUAUUAGCCUAUUUAAGUUGCCGUGAUUAGAGUCAUUAACAUAGAAAUUGUUUAAUUUUGUUAAUAAAGCAAGUUUCUCUCUCGAAAAAGAAGAGUUUGAUUUUCGAACGAACACUUUUUUUACGUAGCGCUGCUUCAAUUUUCGACGCGAUGAUAGAUCGAACGCUUUUUUCUAUCGCUGCGAUAAAUAUUCUUUGUCGAUCGGCGAGGUCACGUGCUCUCAGUUUGAAUCUUUCCCCCAUCCUCCUUUUAUAAUCGAGAAAUAAUGCACGCCGCGCGCGUUGUAGAAAUGAGAAACGAUAAAACAGAGUAAUAAAAUAAUAAACGAUUCAAUAUACAGAGUAUUCGAAUAUAUAUAUUUGAAUAUACUCAAACCUAUUAUUAUAUUAUGCGUGCGAAAUGAGAGGAGUAUAAGAGCGAGAGAGUGCGUGAAAGAGAGAAAGAAAGCGAGAGAAGCGGGCGCGAGUGAGAGAUAAAUGAGAAUAUCACACCGCGCAUUAUUAUUGAUUACGAUUGUAAGUUUAUAGAAUCAUUAACACGUUGUAACGUUAUUAUUAAUGGAACGAUCACCCACUGCAUACAUAUACAAGCGGCACAAUACACACAUACAUACACACAUGCAUAUAUACACAUCCCGAGAUACGCGUUAACGAUAAUAAAAAUAAUACUAUUGAUUAACAUUAUUACCGAUAAUAUAUGAUUAACUGAGGUUAAUAGCUGAUAAUAUAACGAAGAAAGACGAUGAUGAUGAUGAUAACUAGAAUCGCAUGUAUUUAAUAGAAUUUUUAAGUCAAUGUGUCGCGUUCAUCCCCCCGGAUAUCUGACAAAGACGACCGGCAAGAAACUACAAUCGGAAAUCGGUCGAAUGCCAAAGAUUGUCCCGUGGUGUGUCGAGCUCGAAGAAACUGUAGGAGAGGAAACUGUCGACGAACCUUUCAGCCAGCGCGUCCUCUCGUAUACAUAAUAUAUAAAUUUGUAAAUUAUAUUUUCUAUCUCUUUCUUUCUUCAUAUAUUUUGGCGACUUCGACGCUUAUAUUCCAAAUGAUUGGAAAUAAAAACAAAAAAAUUCGCGUGUCAUAUCGAUCGAAUGCGAACGAAACUAUUCAUUUUUCUUUGCAAUAACAGUAUUCGAUGUACAGAAUAAUUCAGAAAGAGAAAAGAUAUCACACAGAGGCAAUAGGAUUAUAUUUAUUAUUAUAAACUUUCCCCGAAUGAAAUAUGGUAUUUCGCAAAUGCGUUAAUUUCUCUGCGGAGGAUCCUCCUGCCUCUCUGACAUUCUCACCAAAUGUUGGACAAAUUUUUUGAGACGUUUAAGAGAAAUAUAAUUUAUCUUAUUAAACGUAUCCUGCUCUUUUUCACAUUUAUUUCACUCUAGAGUUCGUCAAACUCCGCCAACAGAUGACCGCUAAACUG